GUCAAAUCAUCUCUUUACAGCAACGACUUGUGAUUCCAUUCAGAACCCAGAAUAAGCAACUUUAUCCUACAAAUUCAAUCAUCAUCCCCUUACAUUCAUCUCUAUCUGGUUAUUUGUAUUUCCACAAAUCAUCCUAAAUUCUCAAUUACAAUUUCUGAAGUUUAGGAACACCCCUCAAUCAAUUUCUCUUUGUUGAGUUUCACAAUUUCUUACUACGGCCGACCAUCAUCAUCAUACCCAAUUCUUCUUGUUUUUCUAAUUCAAUCAAAACCAUCCCAUAUUCCCAAUUAAUUUCUUGCAAUGGCUAUAAAAAUUUCAUCAUACCCAAUUCUUUGCGCUUCUUUCAAUCAAGAUUACAGUUACUUUGCUGUGGGAACAAAGCUUGGGUUCAAAAUAUUUGAUGCUGAUACUCUCAGGCUAUGUUAUGAAAAAAAUAUUGGUGCUUUCAAUAUUGUUGAAAUGCGCUUCAGUUCAAGUCUUCUUGCUAUUGUUGGAGCUGGUGAACAGCCAGCCCUAUCUCCACGCCGCCUCUGUUUGUUUAACACUACAACUGGAGCUCCUCUUCAAGAACUGAACUUCUUGACUUCAAUUCUUGCUAUUCGUUUGAAUAAGUCGAGACUGAUUGUUUUGCUGCUAGACAAGACAUUCAUUUACGACAUCAACAGUCUUGCAAUUUUAAGCACUAUUGAUACUGUGCUGAAUCCAAAAGGCCUUUGCACAUUCUCCCAUAGCCUUGAUGCUUGCUUCUUGGCUCUUCCAGCAAGUACAACUAAAGGAUCCGUGUUAGUUUACAAUGUUACGGAGCUUCAGUCCCUCUGCGAGAUAGAUGCUCAUCUUUCACCAUUGGCUGCAAUGAUUUUUUCCUCCGAGGGAACAUUCCUGGCAACGGCAUCAAAGCAAGGAACCAUGGUUAGAGUUCAUACAAUACCUGAAGGGAUAAAGUGUUUCAGUUUUCGUAGGGGGGCCUAUCCUUCCACAAUUUUCUCCUUGUCCUUUGGUUCGUCUAUGAAACUCCCUGAUUUUCUUGUAGCCACAAGCUCCGCAGGCUCUCUUCACUUAUUCAUGCUUGGAUCUGCCUCUAAUCAAAGGGGAAAGUCAAGUAGUUUCAUCGGUGCAAUGAUACCUAGUGCAAUUUUGGAUCCAGCUCAUCACCAUGUUCUUCACAAUGCAGUUGCAGAAGGGGUCAAAAGUAAUGCAGUGAUACGCAAAGUAGAGAAGAUUUCCGAUGCUUCUCUGUCUGAAGCUUUUUGCUUCAGGGCAACUAUAUCUGUAGUUACUCAUGACGGUUACUUGAGAGAAUACAUAUUCAGCAUCAACCAUAAGAACGAAUCCUCAUGGGCAUUGGAGCGGGAGUACAAUCUGUUGACUGCCAUUUCUGAUAUUCCCACUGGUUCAUGAACCACUUUUGUUUGGUGCUUCCCUCAACUGUGCAGAUUAUCGAUGAACGAUACAACCAACCCAUGUUCAACUGUCCCCGUACCCGUGUCUUGAAAUUUCAACUUUAUCAGGUCCGACACUCGCAUAAAUACCCGUAUCCAACACCCGUACUCGGUCCGAGUAACGUUGUCCACUUGUAAAUAUUCAGAAGGUUGAUUCAAAGAUAAACUUUCCACUGUACAGAAAUCAAGUGUACAUCAGUCAUCGUACAUGUAUAUAUAACAAUACUACUAGCUUGUAUACUCCCUCCGUCCCUUAAUACUCGCACCGCUUUACUUUUCGGGCCGUCCCUUAAUA